AUGAAUUGUCCAUCCCGAACCGACGACGUCGAAUUAGAACAUCCAACCUGGAACCAAAAUCCGCCUGAUUUGGCCGCGGACCUCACGACCCGUCAGGACCUUAACGGCAUCGCCAACUCGCGAGAGCACAAGGCUGCCUGUGAUGAUGACAGGGUAGACGGUUUGCCUCCGGCUGUCAAAACCUGUCUGUUCGACAGGCCUCCUGACGCCCUUAUUCCAGCAGCGUCCACUGCGGGGCUUCCUUAUGGACUUGCCUCGCUCCCUAAGACGGUUGCCGCUGGUGAUGGCCGCCACCGUCUUCCAUCUCCCCCAAGCACUCCGGCUCCUGCAGUGUCGGCCCUUUGGAGCUGGACCACCUGGGGAUUGUCCGUCGCCGUCACCUCUUUCUCUUUCUCUGUUAUCGGUCAGACCUAUCAUGCGUACCUAGGACACUUCAGUGAGGGCCCGGCUUCUGCCUAUGCUUCGAACUCUCUGGCAGCAUCCACCUCGAGCGUGCGAAAAAGGUCUACCUGCCCCGACGACAGUGCGAAUGAGGACCUCUACAACACCCCGCUUCAUGUUGGUGCUUUGUUCAUCAUCCUAUUGGUCUCGACCCUGGCUUGCUCCUUUGCCAUGCUGGCAUCCCGCUUUCCGGGCCUCCGACUUCCAGCACAUUUCUUCUUCGUGAUUCGACAUUUUGGCACAGGUGUUCUUAUUGCAACCGCAUUUGUCCAUCUUCUCCCGACUGCCUUCAUAUCUCUGGGAGAUCCUUGUCUGACUGGCUUCUGGAAUGACGACUAUCCUGCCAUGCCCGGCGCCAUCGCUUUGGCUGGGAUUUUUCUAGUUAUCCUCGUCGAGAUGAUCUUCCACCCGUGUCGGCGGAUCCGUCCGAGGCUUGAAGACCAUCCUACGGGUGACCACGCUCUCACUGAUGCCUCUCAUGGUAACCCAUCGCAGACAGAUCCGACCGGACCACUGCGCGAUAUGGGUCCCUUGGUUGGGAAACAAUCGAGUAUAGGUCGCAGCCUCUCUCGAGUCAACGAUCCACGCGAUGUCGAUCAAAUCGAAGAGAUGAACUCUUCUAAAGUUAACGCUCGGCCAUCCUCUCACAGGGAACACGAUGGCACCAGUGCGGAAGCCAUGCGUACUCUGACUCGAGAUCAGAAGCUCCGAAAAGCCCGGCUGCAAUGUGUUCUCCUAGAGAUCGGUAUCCUCUUCCACAGCGUUUUUAUUGGCAUGGCUCUCAGCGUCUCGACCGGGAAAACAUUCGAAGGUCUCGCUCUAGGAUCUCGCAUUGCCGACAUUGACUGGCCUAUGGGAACAUGGCAGCCAUGGUUCAUGGCUCUUGCGUAUGGGUGCACGACCCCACUCGGACAAGCCAUCGGUCUCGCCACUCAUUCGCUGUACAGCCCCAGCUCCGAGACGGGCCUCUUACUCGUGGGCACUAUGAAUGCCAUCUCUGCAGGACUUUUGACCUUCGCAUCACUGGUCGAGCUUCUCUCCGAAGACUUUCUUAGCGAUCACAGCUGGGAUGUACUUCGAGGCAAGAGCCGCGUCUUUGCCAGUCUGUUGGUGUUCGCUGGCGCAUUUGCCAUGAGUCUGGUCGGCGCGUGGGCCUAG